AUGAAUAGAUAUAGGCCACCAACACCACCGCAAAAUGAAAUUGAUCUCGAAACAUUGUCACGUUUUCUAAAACGUGGUAGGAAAGAAAAAGAAAGACCUCCAAGAAUUGUUCAAUGUAGCAAAAAUCCACCACUUGUGGAAAUACGUUCUAACAAAAUUGACGAAAAUGACGAAAAUGGAGGUCUAGAUGAAUUGGCCGAUUGUAUUAAUUAUAUUAUUAAUCAUUUUCAAUCUCAACAAACUAAAGAUUAUUACAUUCUUGGAUGCCUUUUGUUGAUGCCAUAUAAUAUAUUAAUGAAUAAUAUGAUUAUAAAAGAUCGAAAUAUGACAAUGAAAACAACUUUUUCAAAUGGUCAAACUACAUCAUUUAAAUUAAUUAGAAAAGAAUUACCUAAACAACCAACAACGAAAAGUCCUGGGAUUAAACUUUAUUCAGAAUCCAUUUUAGAUAAUUUCGGAGAGAGCAAAAAUAUCUGUAAAUUGAUAAGUUGUUUAUGCGAUGUCGCUGAUACUGAUCUAGAAAAUCGAGUUAAAGAUAUGAACCUUAAAUCUAUCGAUAUAAAAGAUGUAAGUUAUGAUGGAUUUAGUGGUAUAGGAAAUGAAUGCAAUCUCAAAAAAAUGAUACUCACAUUAGAGAGGUUACUCAAGGCUUCAAAACAACUUAAUUAUUUUAUGAUAAUAAGAAUAUUGUUAUUAGGCUUUUCGAUAAGAAAAAUGCAUGAUAUAGAAAAAUCUAUAUACUAUAUACAUAUUUUGAUUACACAAACAGGUUUCAAACAAGUUUGCGGGAUCGGCGAAAACGCUGAAUGA